UUUUUUUUAUCUACACUUUUCGUUUAUUCCCCACAACCGUCUUUCUCUCUUUCUCUUUUUAUUUUUUUUUAUUUUUUUACUAUUAUUUAUAUAUCAUUAUGCCUGUUUCUUGUAAAACUGUACUUGCCUCCAAGGUGUCUGCUUCAUUUAGAGAACAAAUGAAGAAAGAUAUCAAGGAACGAGGUAUUUGUCCCAAACUUGUUGGUUUCCUUGCCAAUGAAGAUCCUGCCGCUAAGAAGUAUGCUGAAUGGACAGCCAAGACUUGUGCUGAAACUGGUGUUGCUUUUGAAUUACGAAAGGUUGAUAAGCAGGAUUUGGAAGAAAAGAUCACUGAAGCUAAUGACGAAAAAGAAGUUAAUGGUAUUAUGGUAUAUUAUCCUGUCUUUGGUGGUAAACAGGAUUUGUAUCUUCAAAGUUGUGUCAGUACAUUGAAGGAUGUUGAAGGCUUAUGUCACAAAUUUGUUUAUAACGUCUAUCACAAUAUUCGAUAUAUGGAUGAAGCUGAAACCAUGAAAUGUAUCAUUCCCUGUACUCCUCUUGCUUGUGUCAAAAUUCUUGAAUAUAUUGGAGUGUAUAAUACCGUCCUUCCUUAUGGUAAUCGAUUGUAUGGUCGUACUAUUACUGUGGUGAAUCGAAGUGAAAUUGUAGGUCGUCCUUUAGCUGCCAUGUUAGCCAAUGAUGGUGCUAAGGUAUACUCUGUGGAUGUUCAUGGUAUUCAAUUGUUUACUCGUGGUACUGGUAUACAUUUAACUGCUCACAAGGUAGAAGAUAUUGAUGCAAAGGUAGAAGAAGUAGUUCCUUUAUCCGAUGUGGUGAUUACUGGUGUACCUACUCCCAAAUACAAGAUGCCUACUUCUUUAUUAAAGGAUGGUGUGAUUGCUAUUAACUUUUCCUCCUCUGCUAACUUUGAAGAUGAUAUCAAAUCCAAGGCAUCUAUUUUUGUUCCUUCUGUUGGCAAAGUCACUGUAGCCAUGUUGGAACGUAAUUUAUUACGUCUUCAUGAUUAUCAAAAUAAUUUACUCGAAAACAAGUCCUCCAAAUAGAUUGUAGAUUUUUUUUUUUUUGUAGGGUAUCAUUUUAUACCUUUCUUUCUCCUCCCAAAAACUUUAUUAUAUACAUGAUUUGCAUACAGUUAUUAUUAUUAUUAUCACUUCAAUAAAUAUAAAAAAAUAAAAAUCUUUUUCAUCAGUUCUAUUUGUC